CUUCCCACCGCCGUCAUGUCGAAGUCAGAGUCGCCCAAGGAGCCCGAGCAGCUGCGGAGGCUCUUCAUCGGAGGACUGAGCUUUGAGACGACCAAUGAGAGCCUGAGGAGCCAUUUUGAGCAAUGGGGCACGCUCACGGACUGCAUGGUAAUGAGAGACCCGAACACCAAGCGCUCUAGGGGCUUUGGGUUUGUCACCUACGCCACCGUGGAGGAGGUAGAUGCGGCCAUGAACGCAAGGCCACACAAAGUGGAUGGAAGAGUUGUGGAACCAAAGAGGGCUGUGUCGAGAGAAGAUUCCCAAAGACCAGGUGCCCACCUCACUGUGAAAAAGAUCUUCGUGGGUGGCAUUAAAGAAGACACUGAAGAGCAUCACCUCCGAGAUUACUUUGAGCAGUACGGGAAAAUCGAGGUGAUUGAGAUCAUGACUGACCGAGGCAGUGGCAAGAAGAGGGGCUUUGCUUUUGUGACCUUCGACGACCAUGACUCCGUGGAUAAGAUUGUCAUUCAGAAAUACCACACUGUGAACGGCCACAACUGUGAAGUGAGGAAGGCCCUGUCGAAGCAGGAGAUGGCCAGCGCUUCGUCCACCCCGAGAGGUCGAAGUGGUUCUGGAAACUUUGGUGGUGGUCGUGGAGGUGGUUUUGGUGGCAAUGACAACUUUGGUCGUGGAGGAAACUUCAGUGGUAGUGGUGGCUUCAGCGGCAGCCGCGGUGGAGAUGGUUAUGGUGGCAGUGGGGAUGGUUACAAUGGAUUUGGUAAUGAUGGAAGCAAUUUUGGAGGCAGCGGAGGCUACAAUGAUUUUGGCAAUUACAACAAUCAAUCUUCAAAUUUUGGACCCAUGAAGGGAGGAAAUUUUGGAGGCAGAAGCUCUGGCCCCUAUGGUGGUGGCGGCCAAUAUUUUGCCAAACCACGAAAUCAAGGUGGCUAUGGUGGUUCUAGCAGCAGCAGCAGCUAUGGCAGUGGCAGAAGAUUUUAAUAACUGCCAGGAAACAAAGCUUAGCAGGAGAGGAGAGCCAGAGAAGUGACAGGGAAGCUACAGGUUACAACAGAUUUGUGAACUCAGCCAAGCACAGUGGUGGCAGGGCCUAGCUGCUACAAAGAAGACAUGUGUUAGACAAUACUCAUGUGUAUGGGCAAAAAAACUCGAGGACUGUAUUUGUGACUAAUUGUAUAACAGGUUAUUUUAGUUUCUGUUCUGUGGAAAGUGUAAAGCAUUCCAACAAAGGGUUUUAAUGUAGUUUUUUCUUUUUUUUUUCUUUUGCACCCAUGCUGUUGAUUGCUAAAUGUAAUAGUCUGAUCAUGACGCUGAAUAAAUGUGUCUUUAAAAAAAAAAAAGAAAAAAGAAAAUGUGCUUCUUGCUGAAUAAAAAAAGAAGAAAAAGAAAAAGAAACCUAAUGAAAUCUCUGGAGCCAGAACACUUGAUUUCAAUCCUGCCACUUGAAAGUUGGGUGCAUUUGGGCAGAUAAUUUAACCUCUCUGUGCCUAAGCACUGUUAUCUACAAAAUGAAGAUAAUAACAGAACCUACUUCAUAGGAUUAAUAUAUGAGUCAAGACUUAUUAUGUGUUUACUAUAAUUUUUCAGCAUAUGGCCUGGUGUGGUGAAGAGUUUUUAAAAAAUUAUUUUAAUGGAUGAAUUACAUUGACAGCUGCUGGACCAAAUGAUCCAAUUUGUUAUAACCAAAAGAGCAAAAGCCAGACAUCAUAAGACUCCUGAUUCAGUGUAGUAGAAAGUUUACAACUUAUAAAGUAGUCUUACCAAAAUCCUGAAUCUAAUGAAGCUGACUAUGGAUUAUAGAUCUAGCUUCUGGUGAACAUUAAAUACAGAGAACAGAGGAACAAGUCAAAUGACACUGCAGAGAUGCAAUCAGCAAAGUUGAAAACGUGAAAAAUUUUGCAGCUAAUGGCCCAGUUUCUUUUUCAAAAUAUAUAUUACAAAAGAAAAAGGGGACUAAUAUGGCAUAGAGGGUAAAUCUGCCACUGGCAAUGCCUGCAUCCCAUAUGGGUGCUGGUUCAAGUCCCAGCUGCUCCACUUCUGAUCCAGCUCCCAGCUAAUGGUGUGGCUUCCUCACAGUCUCCCAUGUGGUUGCAGUUCCCAAGCACUUGGGUCAUCUUCCACUGCUUUCACCAGGCCAUAACAGAGCAACUGGGACUCAAACCCGUGCCCAUAUGGGAUCUCAGCACUGCAGGUGGCAGCUUUACCCACUACACCACAGUGCUAGCCCCUAGAUUUAUUUAUUAUUUAUUUGGAAUACAGAGAGUUACAGAGAAGCAGAAGCAGAGAGAGAGAGAGAGAGAGAGAGAUCUUCCAUCUGCUGGUUCACUCCCCCAGAUGGCUGCCAUAGCUGGAGCUGGGCCGAUCCAAAGCCAGGAGUCAGGAGCUUCCUCUCGGUCUCCAUGUGGGUGCAGGGGGCCAAGGACUUGGGCCAUCUUCUACUGCUUUCCCAGGCCACAGCAGAGAGCUGGAUUGGAAGUGGAGCAGCUGGGUCUCUCGCGCCCAUAUGGGAUGCUGGCACAGCAGGUGGCAGCUUUACCCACUACGUCACAGCGCUGGGCCAAGAACAGGGUUUUUUCCUUCUUACUGUUUGUUGAAUUCUUUACUUAGUGGAGAGUUAAGCUUAUGAUUAUAAAAUAAAGUAUGUCACUGUAAAAAUUACAAAAGGAAGGAAGAGGGAGGAUAGGAGCAUGGGAGGGAGGGUAGGAUGGGAAGCAUCACUGUGCUCAUAAAUAUCUCUCUCUCUCUCUCUUUCUCUCUCUCUCUCUCUCUCUCUCUCUAUAUAUAUAUAUAUAUAUAUAUGAAAUUUGUCCAGGCUAUAUAAAUAAAAAAUAUUUUUAAAACCCCACUAUGUUAAGUUAAAGAAGGUAGUUACUGAAGACUACAUGCCAUAUAAUUCUAUUCAUGUGAAAUGUCCAAAGUAAAACAAAUCUAUAUGUACAAAGACAGACAGUAGAUGUUAGUUUAGAAUGGAGUGAGUAAUGACUGCUAAUGAACAGGAAGUUUAUUAUUACCAUGAUGAAAAAGUUCCUAAAUUAGAUUAUGGUGAUGGUUUUACAACUGUUCAAAUUCUAAAAAGAAAAAAUUGUGUUUUUUUACUUUAAAAGGGUGAAUUUUAUGGCACAUAAAUUAUAUAUCAAUAAAGUUGUUAUAAACUGUAUAAUUAUUUAAUGAAAAAUAACAAUGGAUUAAGAGGUUUAAAUCAUAAGUAGAGGGAAAAUACUUGAUGAUAGUACAAUGGAUGAACAUGGAGAAAAUGGAAGUAUAAUGUUAUAAGCUUAUAAAAUUUAAUGCAAAGUGAUAUAUUAUUUGAAAGUAGAUGCUCAUAAGAACAAUAGGUAUUUUAUAAGCCUACCCCUAAAAAUGUAAAUAAAGUAUAGACAAUAAAUAACAAAAGAGGCAAAAUGAACACUUGAUAAAAAGUUCUUCAUUAAAAGGAGGCAUGAAAGGAGGAAAAACAAAGAGUAAAUAAAAUAAAUGGGAAAUAAACCUCAAGUUCAAUCAUGUCACUACAUACAUUGAAUUUGAAGUACUAAGCCAUUAAUUAAAAAUUAGAGAUUGUUAGACCCAAGUAUGUACUAAAGUAGAAAUGACAUGCUUUAAAUAUUAAAACACAUAGAGGGGCCGGCGCUGUAACCCAGUGGGUUAAAGCCCUGGCCUGAAGUGCUGGUAUCCCAUAUGGGCAACAGUUCUAGUCCUGGCUGCUCCUCUGCCCUUCCAGCUCUCUGCUAUGGCCUGGGAUAGCAGUAGAAGAUGCUUGGGCCCCUGCACCCACGUGGUAGACCCAGAAGAAGCUCCUGGGUUCUGGCUUCAGAUCGGCACAGCUCCAGCCAUUGUGGCCUAUCUGGGGAGUGAACCAGCAGAUGGAAGACCUCUUUCUGUCUCUACCUCUCUCUGUAACUCUGUCUUUCAAAUAAAUAAAAUAAAUCUUCAAAAAAAAGACACAUAGGUUGGGGCCAGCACUGUGGUGUAGUAGGCUAAGCUUGAGUCUGUGAUGCCAGCAUCCUAUAUGGGCACCAGUUCUAGUCCCAGCUGCUCCUCUUCCAAUACAGCUCUCUGCUAUGGCCUGGGAAACCAAUAGAAGAUGGCGCAAGUUCUUGGGUCCCUGCACCCUCAUGGAGAACCUGGAGGAAGCUUUUGGCUCCUGGCUUUGGACUGGCCCAGCUCUGGCCAUUAAAGGAGUGCACCAGCAGAUGGAAGACUUUUCUCUCUGUCUCUCCCUCUCUUUGUCUGUAACUCUACCUAUCAAAUAAAUAAAUAAAAUAUUUUUAAAAAACCAUAGGUUGAAGGCAAUAGGAUAGAAAAUAUAUACUUGCAAGCAUUAAUCAUAAGAAAGCUGGAAUGGCUAUAUUUGUAUUGGACAGUGAAGACUGUGCAGCAAAAAAUGUUAACAAAGAAGGACAUUUAAAAAUGAUAAAAAGAAAAUCAAGAAGAUACAAUCUUGACUAUAUAUACAUUUAAAAGACUGCUUUAAUAAUAAGACAAAAUCUGACAGAACUGAAAAACACAAAGACAAAUCCAUAUUCAUUGCUGGAAACUGACCCUGUUGUCUCAGGAAUUUAAUCUAACUGAAAUUAAUAGAAAUUUUACCAAGUGACUAUGAAGUACAUAUCCUGUUAAUGUGUAUAUAGGACAUUUGGUAAGACAGGUAAUAUACUGGGCCAUAAUAGAAAUCUUCAUAAAUUUUAAGAGGUUGAAGUAAUAUAGGAUAUAUAAUGUAUGUAUUGUAUACUCACAUUAAAUUAGGAAUCAAUGACAAAAGGAUAUCUGGAAAAUUCCAAAAUAUUUGGAAGUAAAAACACAUAUACAUCUAAAUAAGCCAUGGGUCCAAAGAAUAGAUCAUAUAAUAUAAUAGGAAAUUUUUUUAAUAAAUUAAAAUGAAAUAACACACAAUACUUCAGGGAUGCAGCUAAAGCAGUGAUUAGAGUGAAAUUAAUCUCCAGUCUUACAGACAUGGCUAACUAACAGAGAAGCUGUUUCCUUUCACCAUGGAAUUCCAUACACACUUGCUUCAGGAUGUUAAGAAGUUGAAAACAGAGAUCCAGUGAGAGUCUGCUGCUACUUAUUUUAGAAAAGAAAAAAUGUUCAGAAUGAGGUACAUGUUGCAUUGAAAAUCCAAGGAUGUCUGUUUAGCAUCGUGUUUCUUUCUAAGUAGUUGAAGAUUGGAUACAGCCGCUUUCAAGUUCACUUUGGAAAGGGUAUCUUGAGACUCCCCAGAUCACCAGAAAUUUCACCAAGGUGAAGGGUAUCUGAAUUUUUAUGGCAUUUGCUUCCUACCCUCUGGCCUGCAUGUGUCUUGUGAAGAUUCUUGGAGUAGAUACUAACUCCUGCUCAUCAAUCAGUUUGAUAUCAGCAUUAAAAUCACAGACUACAGCAAUGUCCUAUUGAAUGGAGAGGCAAUCAGUAUUCCUGUAGGCUAGGUUAUGACAUAAGGUUGGAAUAUUGAUAUCAAAUUCUGAGGUAAGAUAGGUAAGGUGAAUCACCACCUCUGCCAACUGGAAACAUGGUCUUCACUAAUGGGUAUGGAUAGAGAAAGCAUACAUCAAACCAGUAGUUGCCCACCAGCAAUGAAGCCAUUGCUGAAACAGCAAUUCAGAAACCAUUUCUGAGUUAUCCUGGAUCAAGUUUAUGGUGAAUUCACUGUCUUUACCCAAGAUCUAUCUGGUUCUCUGCACAGCCAAAAUAUGUGAGUUGAAUGAGGAUGUGGUGGAAAUCAUAACCCUGCAUCUCUCACAUUCUUGAUGGUGGCCCUACUCUCUGCAAGAAUGUAAGAUUGCUUUUUCAUAUUUUAGUAGACAGAGGCAUUUUAGUGACUUCUACUUGGCUUUUCCUACCCAAAGAUCUUCACUCCAUGAUUCAGGUUAUCAAUAUAGGGAAACUCCAUGAUUCAGGUUAUCAAUGUAGGUUGCUAGUGUAACUAUUGAGAUUAUUCUUUCUGGAAAUGGAGAAAUAACUACAGGACUCUACAGGACUUAGGGCCCCUCUAGGUCCAUCUGAGAUGGAUUCCAGUCAAAACCCUAUGGACAAUUUUCUCCAUUAGCCCCUAUUGUAACUGGUAAAUGUAGUGGCAUUUUAGCUUUUCAGGAAUUACUGUCAGUUCAAGACUAAUGACGAGGAAUUCUUGAAUAUUUAUCAAUUAGUCAUUGCUGAAUUCUGAUUACUGAAUUAGUUCAACUGCCCAUGAUGAUAACUAGUCCUACACUGUCUUUGGUGAUUGUUACCACUUGGUCCCUGUCAUUAUUUUCCUUCUACCUUGAUCCAAUAUCCCUUUGACCCAUUGUCUUACUUAGUCUUCAGAUCUCUUCCCAUGUAAAUUGACAAAAAUAUUACAGUUCUUUUGGUGUGUGUUGUACUUUUCUUAUACUGCAAAGUGUCCUUGUUGUUUACCUUCCAGAUCUCAUAGCUGUUGCCUAGAUAUAGAUUUACAAAGAGUGAGAGGUGGUUGGGGUAUGUCCUUGCACAACUCUCUCAGGUAAGGUCAUUAUAGGUUCUUCGGACAAUACUAACUAUCUCAGUAAACAAAGGAUGGAUUCCUGCUACUGUUAAAGGCUCUGUAUGGGUCAGGCACUGUGGCUGAUUAGGUUAAAGCUGUAGCCUGCAGUGCUGGCAUCCCAUAUGGGUGCCCGGUUGAGUCCUGGCUACUUCAGUUUUAAUCCAGCUCCCUGCUAACGUUCAUCGGAAAGCAGUGGAAGAUGGCCCAAGUCCUUGGGCUCCUGAACCCACAUGGGAAACCCAGAUGAAGUUCCAGGCUCUCGACUUUGGCCUGGCUCAGUCCUAGCUGUUGUAGCCAUUCAGGGAGUGAAUCAGCUGGUGGAAGAUCUCUCUCUCUCCCUCUGUCUCUCCCUCUUUCUCCUUCUCCCUCUCUGAAACUGCAUUUCAAAUAAAUAAAACAAAAUAAAUAAAUUUUAAAAAAAUAAAAGAAGGCUCAGCAUAACUGAGAGCUUGAUUAGUGUUGAGGCCAAAGAGCUUCCAGUAUGUUAUGGUCAAACAAUUUUGUUUCCUCUUUAGUAAACUGAGGGCUCUGGAGGUAGAUCAAGUUGGAUUAUAAUCUUGGCUCUGACAUCUGGUAGGUGCAAUUUGAGAAAGUCAAACCUUCCUACAUUUAGUUCCCCUCCCUGUGAAAACAAUAACAGUUCUUCCAUGUAGGUAUGGUUUGUUGAGCAUUAACCAUAUCCUAUAUAAAGUAUCUAGCACAUGGUACCUACCACAUAUUUCAUCAGAAGGAACUGAAACAUCACAAUCUGUUUUGCCUUUGUCAUUUAGAUGUUAAUGUGUCUUCUUAUCAUCUGCUUUCUAUAGUUGAUGAUGUACUAAUAUAUUAGCCACAGGGGCCAGUGUUGUGGCAUAGUGGGUAAAGUCACUGUCCACAAUGCUGGCAUUCUAUAUGGGCACUGGUUCCUUUCCUGACUGCUCAAUUUCUGAUCUACUUCAACGCUAAUUGCCUGGGAAAAGCAGCAGAAGAUGGUCCAAAUGCUUGGGCCCCUGCCACCCAUGUGAUAGACCCAGAAGAAGCUCCUGGCUCCUGUCUUCAGCCUAGCCCAGCCCUGGCCUUUGUGGCCACUUGGCAAGUGAACCAGUGGAUUGAAGAGCUCUCUCUCUAUCUCUCCUUUUCUCUGUAACUGUUUCAAAUAAAUAAAUAAAUAUAUAAAUCAUUAAAAAUAUAUAUCAUCCAGCUAUUUAGAAUAUUUUCUGGAAUAUUUUCUAAUUUGCUGUUUUAUUUAUUAUACCCCUUGUAACCCAAAUUGAGUUUUCCUUUGAAUGGUUAAUUCACCUGUUUCUUUCUUUUGUGUGUGUGUGUGUGUGUGUGUGUGACAGGCA